UCGGGCCGAGUGGUGCAAGUUGUGGUGACUGUGGAUGCGCCUUAACAAUGAUAGACAAGUGGUUGAAGAUUUUAAAGUAUUUGUGGUUGCUGCAAGUUGUUGCAAUCCCUUUGGAUAAAGUUGCAGCACAAACGAGUCAGAAUAUUAAUGUGUUUUUCAUCAAUGAAGUGGACAAUGAGCCAGCGACCAAGGCCGUUGAUGUGGUACUCACCUAUUUGAAAAAGAAUCCCAGCUAUGGUUUGUCUGUCCAAAUUGAAUCAAUUGAGGCUAACAAAACCGAUGCCAAAAUAUUAUUGGAAGCAAUUUGCAACAAAUAUGCGGAAAGCAUUGAAAAGAAACAAACGCCGCAUUUGAUCUUUGACACAACCAAAUCGGGUGUUGCCUCUGAGACGGUCAAGAGUUUUACGCAGGCCUUGGGUUUGCCCACAAUAAGCGCCUCCUAUGGCCAGGAGGGUGAUUUGCGACAGUGGCGUGAUUUGGAUGAAUCGAAACAAAAGUAUUUGUUGCAGGUGAUGCCACCAGCCGACAUUAUACCGGAAGCAGUGCGCAGCAUUGUCAAGCGUCUCAACAUCACCAAUGCUGCCAUUCUUUACGAUGACACCUUUGUGAUGGAUCACAAGUACAAGUCGCUUUUGCAAAAUAUACAGACACGUCAUGUGAUUACAGCCAUUGCCAAGGAUGGUAAACGGGAGCGAGAGGAACAAAUCGAAAAGUUACGCAAUCUGGACAUUAACAACUUCUUCGUUCUGGGCAAUCUGCAGUCCAUACGCAUGGUGUUGGAGUCUGUGAAGCCGGCGUAUUUUGAGCGCAACUUUGCCUGGCAUGCGAUCACACAGAGCGAAGGCGAGGUCAGCAGUCAGCGUGAUAAUGCGACCAUAAUGUUCCUCAAGCCCAUGGCGUAUACGCAAUAUCGUGAUCGAUUGGGUCUGCUGCGCACCACAUUCAAUCUGAAUGAGGAACCGCAGUUGGCAUCCGCUUUCUACUUUGAUCUAGCGCUGCGCAGCUUUUUGGCCAUUAAAGAAAUGCUGAUGUCAGGCGCCUGGCCAAAGGACAUGGAAUAUCUGAACUGUGACGAUUUUCAGGGCGGAAACACACCUGAACGUAAUAUUGAUCUCCGGCAAUAUUUCACACAGGUUAGCGAACCGACAUCCUAUGGCUCUUUUGACCUGGUCACGCAAGGAACGAAACCCUUUAACGGCUUCAGCUAUAUGAAAUUUGAAAUGGACAUCAAUGUGCUCCAGAUACGUGGCGGCAGUUCGGUGAACAGCAAAUCGAUUGGCGUUUGGACAGCUGGCCUCGACUCGCCGUUAGUCGUCAAAGAUGAGGAACAGAUGAAGAAUCUGACUGCCGACACAGUCUAUCGCAUCUACACAGUGGUGCAAGCACCGUUUAUAAUGCGCGAUGAGACAGCGCCAAAGGGUUACAAGGGUUACUGCAUCGAUUUGAUUGAUGAGAUUGCGGCAAUUGUGCACUUUGACUAUGAGAUACAGGAGGUGGAGGAUGGCAAGUUCGGCAACAUGGAUGAGAAGGGCGAAUGGAAUGGCAUUGUAAAGAAAUUGAUUGACAAAAAAGCUGACAUUGGACUGGGCAGUAUGUCCGUGAUGGCCGAACGUGAGAUUGUCAUCGAUUUCACGGUGCCGUAUUAUGAUCUUGUGGGCAUCACUAUUAUGAUGCAGCGUCCGACAUCGCCGAGUUCGUUGUUCAAGUUCCUCACUGUGCUGGAGACAAAUGUCUGGCUCUGCAUAUUGGCUGCAUAUUUCUUUACCAGCUUCCUGAUGUGGAUCUUCGAUCGCUGGAGUCCGUACAGUUAUCAGAACAAUCGGGAGAAGUACAAGGACGAUGAGGAGAAGCGUGAAUUUAAUUUAAAGGAAUGCUUGUGGUUUUGCAUGACUUCCCUAACGCCGCAAGGUGGCGGUGAAGCACCCAAGAAUCUCUCUGGUCGUCUUGUGGCAGCCACUUGGUGGCUCUUUGGUUUCAUUAUCAUUGCUUCGUAUACGGCCAAUUUGGCUGCCUUUUUGACGGUCUCUCGUUUGGAUACACCGGUGGAGUCACUGGAUGAUCUGGCCAAGCAAUAUAAGAUACUUUAUGCUCCAUUGAACGGCUCGGCAGCGAUGACAUACUUUGAGCGUAUGGCGAACAUUGAACAAAUGUUUUACGAGAUCUGGAAGGAUUUAUCGUUGAACGAUUCACUCACCCCCUUGGAGCGUUCGAAGCUGGCUGUCUGGGAUUAUCCAGUUAGUGAUAAGUAUACGAAAAUGUGGCAGGCCAUGCAGGAGGCAGGACUACCAGCCACAUUGGAGGAGGCAGUGAAGCGUGUCCGCAACUCUAGCACAGCGACGGGUUUUGCCUUUCUGGGCGAUGCCACCGACAUUCGCUAUCUGCAGCUAACCAAUUGUGAUCUUCAGGUGGUUGGCGAGGAGUUCUCCCGCAAACCAUAUGCAAUUGCUGUGCAGCAGGGAUCACAUCUGAAGGAUCAAUUCAACAAUGCCAUAUUGACAUUGCUUAACAAGCGACAGCUGGAGAAACUCAAGGAGAAGUGGUGGAAGAAUGAUGAGGCGCAGGCCAAAUGCGAGAAGCCCGAGGAUCAAUCAGAUGGCAUAUCCAUACAGAAUAUCGGUGGCGUAUUCAUCGUCAUCUUUGUGGGCAUCGGUAUGGCCUGCAUUACGCUCGUCUUUGAAUACUGGUGGUACAAGUAUCGCAAGAAUCCACGCAUCAUCGAUGUAGCCGAAGCCAAUGCAGAGCGUCCCAACGCCAAGGAUGGCGGCAAAUUGGCCGAUGGUGUCAUACUAGGACAUACGGGCGAGAAGUUUGAAAAGUCAAAUGCUGCCCUUCGUCCUCGUUUUACACAAUAUCCGGCCACUUUCAAGCCGCGUUUUUAA